GUACUGCCAGCCCGGACCUGCUAGGCUGCAAUCACAGCCCAUGUUUCCAAAUGUUAAGAGAUAACUUAGUUUGAACCAUCCAAUCAUCUUGUGAUUCUGCUAUGAUUCCCUGUUCUGAUUGCCUGGACAUACAAGAGAUGCCGAUCGUCAGACGAUGCCAAAUCCAAGGAGACGAAACAGUCGGAACCCAUGUGCAGCCCAGCCUCACUUAACCCACAAAUUCCUCUUCUCUCCUAGAUUUGAUUGGUUCCACAGCGUCUCAAACUGAUGAGCAUUUGAAAAGUCCCACAUGAUUGGCAACUUGGCACACAUCCCCUUUUCAGUGUCAUGAUCAUAAUAUAUGCCCUUUUAAAAAUGGUUCACAUAAUUAACGAGCAAACCUAUGUGGGAAUAAUAUCUUUCAGCAAAUCGUGUUACAGAUGAUGCAGCUUCCAUUAUCCUCAGCUCAAUCAUGAUCAUCAUCGUCUGAAAAAUAAUUCGGGAUCAAGACGAAAGAGAGAGAGAGAGAGGAAAGGCUGUAUACAUAGGUACAUAGGCCCAUCUUGGCUGUCCCCUGGCCCGCCUCUCACUGUCACUCACUUGUAGCGAGAGUGACCAGUGAGGCGAGGCUUGUAGCUAUAGCUGCCUUCUCCCCACGGGAAGCCAAAAUUCGAUUCCAACACGCACGCGGAAGCACCGCACCUUGAGCGGCUGAGCUCCAGGGCCAGGGCCAUGGAGCGGCGGGGAAGGGGCGGCUGCUUCUGCUUGCUCGCCGUGUCGGCGGUGGUGGUGUUGGCGGCGGCGGCGGCGGCCGUCGGCGAGGCGAAGCUGUCGCCGGACCACUACCGCGCGACGUGCCCGCGCGUGGAGUCGAUCGUGCGGUCGGCCGUGGCCAGGAAGGUCAGGGCGACCUUCGUCACCGUCCCCGCCACCCUCCGCCUCUUCUUCCACGACUGCUUCGUCCAGGGCUGUGACGCGUCGGUGAUGGUCGCGUCCAGCGGCAACGACGCCGAGAAAGACGCGCCGGACAACCAGUCCCUCGCCGGCGACGGCUUCGACACCGUCGUCCGCGCCAAGGCCGCCGUCGAGAAGGCCUGCCCCGGCGUCGUCUCCUGCGCCGACGUCCUCGCCCUCGCCGCCCGGGACGUCGUCUCCAUGUCGUCGGGCCCGAGCUGGAAGGUGGAGCUCGGCCGGCUGGACGGGCUCGUCUCCAAGGCGGGCGACGUCGCGGGCAGGCUGCCGGGCCCGGACAUGCGGCCCGACGCCAUCGCCGCGCUGUUCGACGGCAACGGCCUCGCCGUGCGCGACAUGGUCGCGCUCUCGGGCGCGCACACCGUCGGCUUCUCCCACUGCGCGCGCUUCGCGGGGCGGCUCUACCGGCGCGGCGCGGUGGACCCGUCGUACAGCCCGUCGUACGCGCGGCAGCUGAUGGCGGCGUGCCCGCAGGACGUCGACCCGACCAUCGCCGUCGACAUGGACCCCGUCACGCCCACCGUCUUCGACAACAAGUACUACGCCAACCUCGCCGCGGGCCUGGGGCUGUUCGCCUCCGACCAGGCGCUGCACGACGGCGCCGCCUCGCGGCCGGCCGUGGAGGGGUUCGCCGGGAACCAGACGCUCUUCUUCGAGGCGUUCAAGGAGGCCAUGGUCAAGCUGGGUAGGGUAGGGGUGAAGAGCGGCGGGGACGGGGAGAUCAGACGAGACUGCACCGCAUUCAACACGUAGGAAGGGGAGGAGGCCGGCUGCAGGGCGAGGUGACACUAGCUUGUACUGUAAUUGAGAAAUGUUUUACGGUCUUGAUGCAUGAUAAAGAGAAAAAAAAAUAUAAUGCACGCAAGUAGCAAACACAGUCUGAUCUAAAACUGUCUACAAUGUUGUUCAUUGUCAUGAGCACUAUUGGUUCAGCCAAUGAAUCUUGUUCCUCGUUCUCAAA